AUGCUGGAGGCUUCGUCUUUAAGAGGCGCCCUGAGCGGCGCAGCACCCGAAGUUGACCGUCAAACCAUUGUGGUAGAAGUUGGCUGCAGUGAGGUGCGCGUUGGCUUCGCUGGUUUGCUGCAUGCUGCUUGUCGCUUGCCGGCCUUUGUUUCGCGGGUGCCUUGUGGCAGCAGCUGCAAGAGCGUGAAUGUGCUGCAGACGCUUUUUGGCUGGGAGGCCUUUGACGCCAGCAGCAGCAGCAGCAGCAGCAACAGCAGCAGCAGCAGCAGCAGCAGCAGCAGCAGCAGCAGCAGCUACUGCCCUGUCUUUGCUGCUCAUCCUGCGCACUGCGCCAGCAGCGGCGGCUCUUUAGAUUUGCUGCUGCUGGUGCUCGAUGAAGCUCUCGACAGAGCUCUACGAGAUGCACCUCGCAGCAGCAGCAGCAGCAGCAGCAGCAGCAGCAGCAGCAGCAGCGGCUGCUGCAGCGACUGCAACCUGCUGCUGCUGCUGGCGCUGCCAGGAGAGCCUCAGCUCGUUUCGCUGCUUCUCCGUUGGGCUUUUGAACAGCGGCGAUUUAAACGCGUCAAACUGAUGACCAGCGAGCGAAUGGCAGUUUACUCCCAUUUGCCUUUGUUGCCUGACCUUUGCUCUCAGCAAGGAGCCUUGGUGGUGGACAUCGGCGAGGGGGGUUUGAGGGUUUGUCCAGUCGAGGGUUUAUCUCUUUCCCCAAUUUCAUUUUGCAGAACUUCAACUCGCAGCGGCGCGCAGCUGCUGUCGGAGUUGCUGCUGCUGCACCUCAGGAAGCAAACUGUUCCUGCUGCUGCUGCUGCUGCUGCUGCUGCUGCUGUUCCUGCUGCUGCUGCUGCUGCUGCGGUGGCGCGUGGUGGAGGGGGCGCUGCAGUGAAACAAGAGCCGAAUGGCUGCGAAGCAGCAGAGGACGCCCUGCAGCAGCUGCAGCAGCAGCAGCAGCAGCAGCAGCAGCAGCAGCAGCAUAUAGCAGCAGCAGCAGCAGCGGCUGCUGCAGCAGCAGGACAUGCUUUCGGGGCAGGGGGCGGCCGCUGGGGUCCGCAGUCUCUUGACUGGAGAGAUUUGACAAGAUACAAAGAGACCCAGUGCUACGUUAGGUACCACUGCGAGAAUAGUGACUGCGAAGGCCUCCAGGUGGCGCUUCACGAGGGGCAGUUUGGAAGACAGCGCAGCCAAACGUGGCGCGACCACUGCGAGAAUAGUGACUGCGAAGGCCUCCAGGUGGCGCUUCACGAGGGGCAGUUUGGAAGACAGCGCAGCCAAACGUGGCGCGGUACUACGCGGACGCGAACGCUGGAAAUGGAUUUGCUGCGCUCCUGGAGAGAAUCUGCUGGCGCUUAUUACAAUGUCAAAGACCAAAUAGAGGUCAAGGUGCUGCCUUGUGAAGACCGCCAGCUUGCUGCCUUCCGCGGCGCCUUAUUAUUUGGACUGGUGGCCCGCCAAGAGCCGGAGGCCUGGCUGAGCCGCAGCCAGUUUGAGAGGACAGAGGGACUCGAAAAGAUUGCCCGACAGAUGGCCCUUUACAGCUAG